UCUGCCUCUUCGUCAAUGACGCUGCUGCCCCAUUUCUCUGCUGUUUUCGACAAUCUUUGUAGGGUUCGAUGUUGUCUUUUGAAGAACUUUCACCUCCCGUCUUGCUUGUUUGAAAUGAAAUGGAGGUUUGAUGUUGUCAUCGUUCUGUCGUCUUUGAAACCCGCACCAAAUAAAUUGUUAUUAUGAUUGAAACGGACUCCAUUUUUUUUCAUCUGUAAUUAUUAAGAAGAUGUGGAGCAGAUUAUUGGGCCAUCAAACUCGUGAAGAGGCCAGUAAUGGUAUUAACUAACAUGGAAGUUUUGGUUCAGACAAUGUUGCAUGUUGGAGAAAGGAAUGUGAAAAAUGAAUUUGGAUUCAAGUGGGGCUUGAAGACUAAAGUUGUAAAGGAGAAGGGGUAUCAGUUCUACGAAUCAUUUUUAUGCAAUGGGUUGGAAUACUUUCUUUAUGAUUGUGUGUACAUUUACCACAGAGGUGACUGUGAAACCACCAUAGGCAGGCUUGUGAAAAUGUUUGAAACGAGAGCUCACGAACAGAAGGUCAAGGUGGUGCGUUUUAUGCGUCCAAUUGAACUACGUGAUUUUCCGAGAGAUUUUGAGCCACGUUGGAAUGAGAUAUUCUUGGCUUCUGGCGAGAGUGCUGGUGUUUCCAAAUGUUAUCUUUUGGAAGAAGUUAUUAGAAAAUGCAAUGUUGUUUGCACCCUCAAGGAUGGGAGAAAUCCUCAGCCAUCCGACGCGGAGUUGAAUUCGGCAGAUUAUAUUUUCUACCGUACUUAUGAUGUUAAAAAAUGCAUGAUCCUAGAGGACUUUCCAGAUGAAAUUGAUCAUAUUAAAGUGGAGUGCCUUUUUAAUAGAGAACCAGAUGCAAGGCAGAGUAACCAAAAAACCAUGGGGGAGCUUGGUGGAAAUUCUAGUCUUCCCAAGUUUGGACGAGAAAUAAUUUGUGGAAGCAAAAGUCAAAUGGCCAGUUCAGACAAUGUGGAGGUGUCACCUUGUAAGAAGACGAAACUUCUUUCAGAUGGCAAUGGUCGAAAUGUUGGAUCUGUGAAAGGAGCCUACAAUGUGAAGGCAAGUGAGAUUUCUAAAAGAGCAGCACCUCAACUCAAGCUUAUUCAAGAUAAGAGAAGGUGUAAAAGCACUCAACUUUUGCAGGUCACCAAGAAGCUAAUAAUUGACAGAAGUAAAUGGUUCAAGCAACCGCCUUGGGAGCACAGAUUGCGACAAGCUCAAGAAGUGGGAACACUUGUCUUAUUGGAAAAUCUGGAUUCAACACUUUCAUCAUCAGAAGUGGAGGAAUUAGUUCAAAAGGCUCUCAAGCAAAAGGUUGAUGCCAACAUGUUGCCGUGCAGUUCGAUUUCAAAUCCACACUAUGGCAAGGCUUUAGUUAUUUUCAAGUCAAAGGCAGCAGCUGAAACUGCCUUGUCAGAUUUGACGAAGAGAUGUCUAAUGCUUUCAACUUCUGAUGGGAGUGGUUUUAGACCCGUAGUUGGUAGCAGAGGAUUCUUAGCCGAUUCUAGCAAACGAGUCAAUUUUGUUGGCCAUCUGUCCCUCCCAAAAUUAUUGCGUCAAAAGUAUACUAUGGAGAUGAAAAAUGCAAUAUCCACGUCACAUUGCUCUCAGCCCAAUACUGUUGAGUGGGAUCUGGCAAUGGAGUGGCGACUAUUGCAAGAACGGUCGGAUUUGUGGUGGAAAAAGUUGCAUGCGAAUCAAAAUGAGGAGGUACUCAAUCUUAAGAGACAGCUAAAAUUAAAGUAAAGUGUGCUUGUAGCUUGAUCUAGACUCUGGCAUUCUUUCUCCAAACCCGAUGUAGAUAUUUUGGUAGCAUGAUACAGUCUCACUAAUUCAAAAAAUUUCAAAGGUUUCUAUGACUUUCCCCACGAGCAUGCAUAUUUCUUUUCCUUUGACAUAUGUGAAUGUUUGGGCCAACUUACAUACAUCUCUGAGCAUGAAAUUUUUAUCAGUUCUAUCUUAAUCUUCUCAAUUAUGUCAUGAGAUCGAAUGGGUUUUGUCUCGCUCAUGAACUUGAUGCGAGGACCUUGUUGAAAUAAAAUUUAGCCUUUCCUUCCAUAGAAACUGUUUAUGAAUCUCUAUUUCUUAUCAAGUCUAAUAUUUCUAGUUUUGAAAUCGUUAAAUGAACAGCCAUUUUGUUGAGUUCGUCUCGUGCCAGGUUGCAGCAGCUGCAAAUAUCUCACAAAGCUACUCGUGUCUCGUGAUCUUUUGCAAUCAUAUUAAAGCUCGAUAUCCAUUCAUGAGUUACAAUAUUUCCUCUGCAGGUUUAUUCUUAGUGAGGAUGGAGCAGUCAAAAGGUUGACUGUGACAACAGCAAUGUAUUCAACUGUAUUUUGUUUUACAAGGUUGAACAAAUUGAAGGGAUUGAACUUGUUUUGGUGUCUGUCUUUUGCAAGCAUUAGAUUAGCAACUUUCAAGUUCUGCAUCGAAAAUGUUCAAAACAAACCCCAACAGAAAUUUAGUGUCGUAGUCAAUUU